AUGCCUGCAUCCAACAAAUACUUGCCUAGUGAAUGUGAAUAUGCACCUCCGAAGCCUUUCUUCACGACGGAAGAUGGGGAAACAGUUGGAGAGAUAUUUACUGAGGCUGGAGCAGCGUUUAACAAGCUCGCGGAAAUGACUAUGUUGUUGCAUCCUAUGGCAGAACAAUUGCCAGGUUCCCAAUCCAAAACUCCAGUGAAGAGGAAGGUGGUAGAAGAAAGAGUUGUGACAACCCAGGCACCCACAGCCAGUCAGCAGCAGCAUAAUGUUCAUUUACCACCUAUGUCGCAACAGGUCACACUAAACAUGCUGAAUGCCCGUGAGUCAGAGAUGGAUGUGGAAGGUCUUAGCAAUGAGGUGAAGUUAGAGUUUGAAUCCAGCACUGAGGAGGUCAUCACAUAAUGUUUGUAAUAAUUUAUUAGUCUAUGCAAUUAGGAUAAUAAAUAAGUUGGUAAGAAGUUAUUGUAACAUUUUAUAUGUUAUUUUCAUAGCAAAGUAUAUUACAUUUAUAUUGAAUUCAAUUUACUGCAAUCACAUACAAAAUAUAUA